CCCUCCAAUCCCAUUGCUCCAACAACAGAUUGACGCUUACCAACCCGGACGGACCGGCGAUAGCCUCGGUAGGCGCCUGGCAUUUCCCCACACAACAAACCCAGCCCAGCGUUUCCUCCUGCAGGUGACGUGCCUGGAAGCGCCUGUUUAAUUCUUUUCCCUUAUUCUGGAGCCGCUGUAACUGCUCGUCCUUGCUUCUUCCCGGCAAGUGCGUCUUCUUCUCGUGUCCACUAGCCAACGUUUGGCGCAUCACAGCCGCGGCAGAGCCCAACUGAUUAUCACAUCCUUGGUCACAUCCUUGGGUUGUUGUCGAUUCGCCUUCCAUCCCCUCUAAUUUCAUCCACCUUCAACCUCCCAACCUCCCGCCUCCUUUCUCCUUGUUUACAACAACAACAAACGACCAUCGAUCGACAGCUCGCGUGCGCAUACAACACAUAUCAUCGCCAACAUGUCGUUCAUGGGAGGCGCAGAGUGCUCGACGGCUGGCAACCCCCUGAGCCAGUUUCAGAAGCACGUUCAGGAUGACAAGACACUACAACGCGAUCGUCUCGUCGGCCGGGGACCAGGUGGCCAGCUGGGAGGCUUUCGCAGCUCGCCUGCCAAUGCGCCCCAAGAUGAGAUGAUGAACGGUUUCCUCAAUGGUGGCCCAGGUCUUCAACAAGAGUUCCCAACUUUGCCAGGCGGGCCCGCUGCCCAUCUGAGCGCUGCCCCUAUGGGCCCUUCGCCUGCGGCAUGGGCACAAGACUUCAACGCCCAGCCCGGCAUGGACGUCGUGCUCCAGGCAUCGCCCAGUGCUCUCUUCAGCCCCGAGGAGUUUGCGCGCUUCCAGCAAGCCAACCCUGCCGCCGCCGCAGCCAUGGCACCUCAAAUGCGAGGUGACAUGUCUGCUGCGAUGCCCCAGCGAUCAAUGAUGGGCAUGGGCAUGGGCAUGAACAUGAACAUGAUGGGUAUGGGUAUGAGUAUGGGAUAUGCUCAGCCCAUGAUGCAGCCGAUGUACCAGCAGCAGCAACAGCAACCCAUUCAGCAACAACAACAGGACCUAAAGGGCAAGGGCAAGAUGGUCGAACUGGACGACAACAAGUGGGAGGAGCACUUUGCUCAGCUCGAGCUCCAGGACAAGGAAGAGGCCAAGGAGGCUGAGGCGAAUGCCGCCGAGAAGGAACUAGAAGACAUGGACAAUAAGCUCCAAUCGGAGACUAAUGAGUUUGGUGACUUCGAAUCCAUUUGGAAAGGAAUCCAGGCUGAGACUGCUGCUGCUAGGUCGAUGGUGAACGAACAACAAUACUUUGAUCAAUUCGAUACCGAAUGGGGCCAGGACCUCAUGCCCGAUCUCAACGGCAUCAACGACUGGGGACGAUUUGCUGACCCCAUUGUCGAGAAUUACAUGUUUGAGGAAGAGAACAUCUUCCGUGAGCAGAAGAAUGCAUUCGCCGAGGGUGUUCGAGUUAUGAAGGAGGGUGGCAACUUGUCAUUGGCCGCCUUGGCGUUUGAGGCUGCUGUUCAGCAAAACCCAGAGCAUGUUGAGGCUUGGGUAUACCUGGGCUCGGCUCAGGCUCAGAACGAAAAGGAGACGGCAGCUAUUCGCGCACUGGAGCAAGCCUUGAAGCUGGACCCCAACAACCUCGAUGCCAUGAUGGGCCUGGCUGUUUCGUACACCAACGAAGGCUACGACAGCACAGCAUACCGAACCCUCGAGAGGUGGCUCUCUGUCAAGUAUCCCACCAUUCUGGAUCCCGCAAACCUGCACCCCGUCGCAGACAUGGGAUUCACCGACCGACAGCAGCUGCAUGACAAGGUCACCAGUCUCUUUAUCAAGGCUGCCCAGCUUAGCCCCGAUGGCGAGCACAUGGACCCCGAUGUCCAGGUUGGACUGGGUGUGCUGUUCUACGGAGCAGAGGAAUACGACAAGGCCGUGGACUGCUUCCAGUCUGCUCUUCACUCUUCAGAGCUGGGCACGACAAACCAGCAGGAGCAGCUUCCCCUGCUCUGGAACAGACUCGGAGCUACUCUCGCCAACAGCGGCAGAUCAGAGGAGGCUAUUGCUGCGUACGAGCAAGCUCUGUCCUUGGCCCCCAACUUUGUUCGCGCCCGUUACAACCUGGGUGUGAGCUGUAUCAACAUCAACUGCCACCAAGAGGCAGCAUCUCACUUCCUUGCCGCUCUUGACAUGCACAAGACGAUUGAGAAGUCUGGCCGCAGCAAGGCGUACGAAAUUCUGGGCGAUGGUGCUUCCGGUCAGGUCGACCAGGCUCUCGACAGAAUGUCUGCCCAGAACCGAAGCAGCACCUUGUACGAUACCCUGAGGAGGGUGUUUACGCAGAUGGGCAGGAAAGACCUCGCAGACAAGACGGUCCCCGGCGUGGACCCGGACAUUUUCAGACCAGAGUUUGAGUUUUAGAAGGCUUGAGCAGUCCUUUUGGCAUUUGGUUGAAACAUGAAAGACAUUAUUUAGCGCAGUGAUGAUGGGAUGAGACGAAAUGGUCUCUUUUCGCCCAGUUAAACUUAUAUUGGUCCAACUUGAUAAAAUUGUAUUUAUGAUGAGCAUAUACUUGGAACGAAGGAAAACAAGGGGGGAAGCCUAAUGAACAAAGAGCAAAUAAAUCGUUGUUUCCCUGGGAGUAUAAUUAGUUUAGGAUGUAGCGGGCAUGGGAUAUAGGACUUUUACACAGAAUAUAUGUUGGAUAUGGAGAUGUUGACUAUGAUCUUAGUGCAGAUGAAUACAUCUAUAUAUCUCUGUAUACAUGGUAUAUUGAAGAGAACUCUCUU